CGCCAUUGACUGAGGGUCAAAAGGUAAGAGUGACGCCCGAGCGGUGUAGCGAGGGCGUGUGGUUCGGUCUAGGAGCGCAAGCGGUAUAGUGGGGGCGACCGGAGUGCGUCCCGUGCCGCAGGCGCAGUACUUAUGGGGGACAGCGAACAAUCAUGCCAUUUUGGCGAGCGAAGCGAGCCCCUGUCUUCCAUUGUGUGCGACAACGAACGGUCCCGGUCUUUAUUGCGAGCAGAAUAUUCGUUCAUUCAUCAUCCAUCAACGCUCAUUCCAUCGCACAUCUACCAAUUUUUGUUCGAACAGCCAAAACGCGAGCAGGGCAUAUCGGUGCUAUUCAAAGUCGCCGACAGGCGGAAACGCGAUUUGAUUUCGGAAAGCGAUUUCGUAUCCUUCCAAAACGUGGUCCGAGGCCCCAACGCCGAAUUCGAAGUCGCCUUCAGAUUAUUCGACACAAAUGGCGACGGCAAAGUCACCUUCGACCAGUUUAAGCAGAUAUUGUCCUCGAUCCAGGGCACCGAAUCCGUUGCGACCGACUUCAACAGCGAAUGGUUCACCCUCUUCGUGGGAAAAAAGCCCCGCGACAUUUCAUACGAGGAGUUCGCCCAACUCCUCAAAGGCUACCAAGCCGAGCGCCUGAAGCAGGAAUUCAAGCACUACGACUCCAAAGGCAGCGGACACAUAGAUCCCCAAGCCUUCCGACAAAUCAUGCUCCAUGUCGCAAAACACAAACUGAGCCCCUUCGUCACCGAGCACCUCCCAUCCCUCAGCCAGCUGUACCCGGGCGACAACAUUUCCUUUGCGAAUCUGCGGGCGUGCUAUAACGUUAUCAGGCAGAUGGAUAUGGUGGAGCGUAUCACGCGCAAGGCCGCGGCGCUGACGAAGGAUUCGUGUGUCUCAAAGGCGGAUUUCAAGGCGGCUGCGGCGCAAAUGAUGAGGUUUAAUAUGUUGACGCCGAUGGAGGUGGACAUUUUCUUCCACCUUGCUGGGAGGGAUUUUGAUACCGAGACGACGAGGCUGCCUAUUGCUGCGUUUGAGAGGUUAUUCGACCCAAAUUACAACGCCUCCGACCCACAAGCAAUACGCGACCACGCCAGCGCCUUCGUCGCCACGAACUCCGACGUUACCGACCUCGCUCGGCAAGUCGUCCAGCUGAGCGCCGCCAUGGAAGCGCUCAAGAGCAUAUAUAACUUCACGCUCGGUGCCAUCGCUGGCGCUAUCGGUGCUACCGUUGUGUAUCCCAUAGAUCUGGUAAAAACGCGAAUGCAAAACCAACGAGCGAGCGCCACCUCCCAACUCCUAUACAAGAACAGCAUAGAUUGCUUCCAAAAAGUUAUCAAACGGGAGGGUGUCAUGGGCCUAUAUUCCGGGCUUUUGCCGCAGUUAGUCGGAGUCGCCCCCGAAAAAGCAAUCAAGUUAACAAUGAACGAUCUCGUCCGCUCGCACCUCCGCGACAAACGUACGGGGGAAAUCACGCUCGCUGGCGAGAUUCUCGCGGGGUGUACCGCUGGAGGGAGCCAAGUUCUGUUUACGAAUCCGUUGGAGAUUGUUAAGAUUCGGUUACAAGUUCAAGGCGAAGCCGCGAAAACAGCCGCGGAAGCCACACCCCGGUACAGCGCGCUUCAGAUCGUGCGGCAGCUGGGCCUUUUGGGCCUGUACCGAGGCGUCGGCGCGUGUUUGUUGAGGGAUAUCCCCUUCUCGGCGAUUUAUUUCCCGACGUAUGCGCAUUUGAAGAAGGGAUUGUUUGAUGAGGGCGUUGAGGGGAAACGGUUAGGGGCUUUUGAGCUCCUAACCGCCGGAGCAAUCGCCGGCAUGCCAGCCGCCUACCUCGUAACCCCCGCCGACGUAAUCAAAACCCGGCUCCAAGUCGCCGCCCGCAAAGGCGAGACCACCUACACAGGCAUAACCGACGCCUUCCGCAAGAUCCUCCGCGAAGAAGGCCCGCGCGCCUUCUUCAAAGGCGGCCUCGCCCGAGUGUUCCGCUCGUCCCCGCAGUUCGGCGUCACCCUCGCAUCCUACGAGUUCCUGCACCGCCUCUUCCCGGUUGAUUUUGGCGAUCAGAGGACGGAGAUGGUUGUGAGGAAGGCGCGGUCGACUGCUUCUGGUGGUGGUGGGGACGGGGAGGCGAAUGUGCAGACGAGGGGCGGGUUUGCGGAUACGGGUGCGAGGAAUGCGUUGAGGGUUCUGAAUGAGAUUAACCCAGAGCUGGUGGCGAGUGUUGGGACGAGGGCUUAAAGGGGAUAUCAUAUAGACUAGGCGUGCAGUGGUGCGAUGAGACUGGACCCAUGGCCUAUAGACACGUUCCCGACACCCCCAACUCUCGUAUGUAGCUGUAGAUAGGACUCCCUUGCAACCCACACCUUCCUCAUAAUCACCGCGUCUCCCAAUAUCGCGGACAACGGCGACUCUAGACCACCCUGCAUGACGGUCUUCAAUAUCGCCCUCUGCUCACAAAAAAAACAAGUCAACCUAUCCUUCCCACCCAACGAUAACGCCCCUGACACCUCCCGCGCAAUAACAGUCCCACUACUCGGCUUCCUCCCCUCCCU